AUGACCGAGAACGUCUCGCUGAAGCUGAGCUAUGCGGGCGAGACCCACCGCGUGACGGUGCCGCUGCGCUCCGAGGACCUCAAGGCGCGCGUGCUGAGCUACGAGCUGGUGCUGGACACGGUGCGCGAGCUGUUCCCGCGGCUGGCGGGCCGCUGCUGGACGCUCGUGUACCGCGACGAGGAGGGCGACGUCGUGACGCUGUCGCACGCGCUCGAGUUCGACGAGGCGUGCCACGUGCUGCUGAGCAUGAGCGCGCUGUGCGCCGGCGACCAGCAGCUGCCCACGCUGCACUUCUGCGUGCUGGCGCGCGUCUCGUUCCGCGAGAAGGUGGUGGCGCCCGUGCUGCAGAAGGUCGUGGAGCUCGCGCGCCUGGCCCGCGAGGCCACCAACACGCUGCGCAACAGCGAGCUGCUGGGCAAGGGCCGCGACUCGUUCGUGCGACUCGCGGGCGGCGCCGUCUCGCACGCCGGCGCGGCCAUCAAACACAUCCGCAACAGCGAAGUGCUCGAGCGCGGCCGCGAGUCGCUAUUAUCGGCGCGCUCGGGCGUCAGCACGCGCCUGCGACGCGCCAGCACGGCGGUUGCAGCGGGCAUCGAGCGCCGCCGGUCCGCCAGCGGUUCCGCGUACGACCCAGUGAGCGCGUUCGACCCGACGGAAUUCGUCAAGCCUUCGCCUGUCGCGACGUCCCAGUCGCUGCCAUCGUCGGAAGUGGCCGUGACUGUGGACCUGCGCCAGUCUGUUUCAUCCGUGACCGAGGCCUCCGCGCUCCUAGCACAAGAGCAAGAGGAGAGCAGCGACGAGGAGCCCCCGGCACUCGUCCGUGCCGACGCAGGAGAGCAGCAGAUGGCCUACGAGUCCGACGCGGACACUUUGUGUGACGAGGAGGAGGACCGCGAGUGGGACGUCGUGGACAACUCGAGUGCGGAGGCCAUCGCUGAGACCGACAGUCGGUGGGCUCGUGAGCUGGACGUGCUCCGGGGGAUCAUGGUGCAUCUGGACGAGGAGCUCUGCUGCGACUUGCUGGAGCGCUACAAUGGCGACGUAGAGGCCGUGCUGGUGGAGCUCACGAACAUGUAAAAGUAAGCGGCGAUGCCUUUCCAUAUAAUUAGCAAAGUAAAAGUGUGUUCUAUCCUC